ACAGCAAAAGGAUAUUAGCAAGGAUAUGUUGAUGCAGGGCUCAUCAACGGAAAUAACCAUGGAUCAGCCACAAGGCCAAUGUCUAUUGGAUGGCGAAUAUGUGCCAGAGACAACGGUCUUCUGUGAGAAACAAGUCGGUUGUCGUGCCAUACAAAAAACAGGACACUGUUGUCCUGAUUAUCAAUGUGAUUGCCAAAAGGAUGGUAAAACUUAUUUAAAUGGUGAUAAGUUAGUAGAUCCGGAGACACCCUGCACUGUUUGCUACUGUCAAGGUGGUGAAAUUUUAUGCAGUUCUGUCACUUGCUUCCAUCGUGACGAUUGUACACCGAAAUAUAUACCAGGUGUCUGUUGUCCAGAAUAUGAUAAUUGUCCCGUUGCCUCAUCGCUCAACAAAACCAUGACCACCACAACAACAUCAACAACUGCCAAGCCGGAGCUACCCAUGGCUGUUGAUGAUAAGCCGAAAAUAACCAUUAAAGAGAUCACGAAACCCACAGAGAUACGUAUAACCGAUGAUAACAAAGUUAUACCGGUGCCGCAAAUGUUGAAACCCACAACAACAACGACGACAACAACUACCACCACCACCUCGACAUCCACAACUACAACGACCACAACAAUGCCCCCACCAACGGCUCCAUCAGUCAGCGUCAUUUCAACAACAGUCAUGCCUUCGGUAGGCCACGAAAGUACACCAAUUGAGCACGAUGCCAUAAAAGAAAAGCUUAGCGAAGACAUUGAACCCCAAGCUACUAGUGUGGACACCAACCAAUUGUCAAAUGGCAAUGCCGGUGGUUUGGGACCGAAACAGAGCAUGACUAGCGGAGACACCCUGAAAUUAACCGCAUCGGUGGCAUAUCCAACACAAGCUGUACCCACCACAAUGCUGGCUAAUGGCUUGAGUCCCACAGUGGUACCAAUUGCCCCGGAGAAUAGUGGCGAAGUUGAAGACCCUGUACCGGCUUUAUCGAUUUUCAGUACCCAAGGAUUGCCUGAGGAUCCCAGCAAGGUGAAUAUUAAGAGGGAAUAUUUUGUGACAACCGAAGGUAUUGCUCCAGCCGGCCAGGUAUAUGAAGGUGUGGCGGGUAGUGGUGAAUAUUCAAAUUCGGAAUUGAUUUAUGGCAGCAGUCAAGCGAAUCCCACAUCAGCUCAGCAAUCUUUGGGGGCCUUGCAUCAAUCCUCGGCGGAAUUGGAUUCGGAUACGGCUGGGAGUGAUAAUAUUUAUCACAUUAUUUUGACCACAGAUGGUCCACGCUUAACCACAACCUCGGAGAACUAUUUGGCCUUGAAGGGUUCCGCCAGUACUGAGGGUUCUCCCUUCGAGGAUUUAGCCCCAGUUGCCGUUGAUUCCGCGCCCGUGGAGGCUAAACCCCAAUCACAACCCACCACCGAAGGACCAGAGUUGGACAAACAUGAACAUCUACAUCAACAUUUGGAUGAAGAAGAACCCGAGAUUCCCUUGGAAAUAAAUCCCGCAUAUCCCUCGUUGCCGGCCGAUGAUUUCAGCAUACGUGGUGACAACAACUAUCAAUUAUCCGAUAAUGAUGAGAUUGGCGAAGAACCCCGCAGCAUAGGUGGUGGACACAUUGGUCAUGGUCAUCACUUAAUGCUGCACCACGAAGUCCAUGAAAUUGCCAAGAAUAGCAAACAUCUGGAUGAUGCCAGUUUUGGUGGUAGUGGCAGUGGAAGCGGUAGUGGGAUGGACAUGAUUAUGGAGGAUAUGGCAAUGUCUGCACCAUCCUCCACAGAGGGUAGUGGUUGCAUAGAUAAUAAUCCCAAAUCUUUGGAAGUUCUUGAAAUGGAAAAAUCCAAGAAAUCACCCGAGUUAAUACAACUUAUGUAUUCCGGUGAAGAUUCUUCCGAGGAGACCCGCAUUACCAAUAGCACAGAUUUCCAGGAAGAUGCCGCCAAGAAGCCCUCUGAAGAUUCUUCAAUGGAAUCGGCGGAAAUUUUAAAAUCCCUUGAUGCCUCUGGGGAAUUUGGUUCUGGUUCAGGUGCGGGAGAAAUUAAAAGUGAAUUGAAAAAGGAACGGGAGCCAACCACACCCAAGCCAUAUAAAGGAGCUGCCUCCAUGGAUAUUGAUGAGUUAACUGAUUCGUCGGGUAAUGGUCCGCAAGAUGAUCCCAAAGAAGAUGCUGAAAGUUUGAAAAUCGAUGAUACUUCCGACGAAGCAACGGGUAGCAUUGAUAAAUCACCCAAGGGUAAUAUUUUGUCGGUGAAGGUACAACAGGACAAGGCUUUCCAUGAGGAAUUAGUUUGA